UUCCUCCAUGGUUCUUUCAGUGUAUAAUAUUUGCGUUAUCUGUUACCAUAGUAACCAUAUGCAACUAAUCGCGACAAACGACAUGCGAAAAAUGUAGAAAGUGUAGGAAUACUUUAUAUGUAAAACCAUAUAUAACGUUACUACUGGUUAACUAUUACCACACGAUCGUGAGUGCAAAUUACAUUAUGGAUGGUAGACCACCAACUUCAGCAGGCAACAGACCUGGCUCUGGAUUGAGACCUAUAUCAUCAGUUCGGCAUCCCACUAGCAUGGCUCUUCCCAGCCGGUCAGGUAUACCUGGCACAGCAAGUAGAUUGAUCACUGCAUCAAAUAAUCGUCCUGGAACUCGUAGUGGUCUUGCACAAGGUGUUGGUGUUUUAUCUCAUAUAAAUGUUGUAGAUCGCCCAAUGUCUCAGCAAGGUCUUGUUACCCCCAGGACUGGAGUUCGAACUCCUCGAAGGCAGGUGCAAGAUAAAUCAUAUUUUAUGGGCCUUCUUCGUAGUAAAAUAAAUGAAUUAACUGCAGAAAUAGCCAGGAUUACAAAGGAACUAGAUCUUUUAACUAAAGAGCAAUCAACAUAUCUUACAUAUGAGAAAAGGGCUGAAGCACAAGCUCUGGAACUGAAAGAUCUACAAGGUCAGCUUGCUGAUUAUAAUUUGCUUGUAGACAAGUUAAAUACUGAUGCAGAAAUGGCUGAUGUUCAGCUGGAAUACAGAGAAUUAAAGGCUCAAAAUGAAGUGGAAGCUGAAUCAAUUGAUAAACUCUUUGAGCAGCGCCAAGAGAGGGAGGCACAGCUGGCACAGCUUGAAGCUGAAAUUGUUCAAGAACGUUAUGUAGCUGAGAACCUUACAUCUACGAUGUCACCAGAGUUACGAAAUAAGUACAAUGAACUAAAGAAAACUGAUAAUGAGUUGCAAAGAGCAUUAGAAAAAUUUCAACAAGAUUUAGAUUUACUAAAUUCUCAAAAGAUGUCUUUAGAAGAGGAGCUUUCAAUGUCUCAGAUAAAACUAGAAGCUUCUAAUCUUUAUAAUAAACUCAGAGAAGUUGAAGAGAAACGAGAUGCCCUAAUUUUAGAAGAGAAAACUAAAGGUACACCUGCAGAGGAAAGAGAAAAUUUAGUGCAACAGGUGAAGGAACAUAAUACAGAGAUAACUAGUAUUGAAAGGCAGACUGCAGAAAUCAGAGAACAAAUUACUCGAGCAAAAAAUGAACUUGAGCAGCUUGAUUUAGAAAUGGAAGAUCACCAAGGUGAAAGACUCAGUAAAUACCGAGAACUCAAGAAACGUGAAGAAACUAUGGAUAGUUUCCUUGCUACGUUUGAUGAAAAUCAAAGUUCUGGAAUGGAGAAAAAAGGCCAAUUGGAAGCCACCAUUGUCUCAUUGCUUGAAAAACUUAGUCGCAAUCUUGGUCAUUUUCAACAUAUACCAACUCCACAAGAGCUUGCUAUGCUUAAAGAUGAUUUGCAAUUUAAAGAAGGAGAAAUGGAAAAGUCAAGAAUGACUGUUAUGGCACUCAGUAAUGAACAAAAGAAGCUUGCUUUGGACUUAACAAAGAUAGAACAGCUAGAAACAAAAAUUCAACAAGAGUUAGAAACUCUGCAGCAGAAAAUAACAACAAUGGAAAAAGAAAUGCAAGUGUAUUCAGAUCUUGACAGUCUGAAAAAAGCCGCAGAAGAAAAGAAAAGUAAAUUGAUUGAAGAAGAAGGAAUACUAGGAAAACAGAAGGACGCUACAAAACAGGUUGUUGGUGAACUAAAUAUGCACUAUGAAACUCAAAAAAAUAAGCUGAAUGACAAUGAGACUUUUACACAGUUAUGUAAUUUAGAACGUCGUUGGCAACAUUUGGAACAGAAUAAUUUUGCAAUGCAAGAAUUUGUAGCCUCAAAGAAAGCUCAGACAGAUUAUACUAAAAGUAAAAAAUGUGUUAAAGAAACAUUAGCUGUAUUGAAUGAGAUUUUAUUACAAGAGCCCGUGAUUCAGAGAUAAAUGUUCUUAAAUGAUAAAUUUCAAGCAUCUCUAAUUAUGCAUAAUCAUGUAAAUAAAUCAAAUGUAUUAUAUAAUAGAAAAUGACUAUUAUGUAAAUAUAUCUUUGAGAAUUCAUUAUUUUGAAAAAUAUUUUCCCCACAUUAGCAAUGUAAGUAGUUUAUAAGUUGGUAACUACUGAGUUUUUGUGUAUACUUUUUAUGUGUCAUAUUUUUAUUUUUUUUAUUUUGUCAUUUGAUAUGUAUGUUAAUUUGAUGGGUAUUUCCUGAAAUAAGUUUAGUAACUUUUAUAAGAACAGCAUAGCAUGUAAGAAAAUGUAAUGGAUUUAAGAUUAAAUUUUCUAAAAAUUGUAAAGAUUCUAUAUGUAUUUAGUUUCUUUAAAUUGUGUGUGUACAUGUCCACAAUUUAAGUACAUGUACGUGUAUACAUUACAUUAUAUAUAUGUACGUAACAUGUUAUUUUUAUGUUUCUUUUAAUGUUUUAUAGAUGCACUAUGUUGCUAAAUUAUAAUUUAAAUUAAAAUUUUAUAUUUACAUAAUAUUUUUGAAUCUAGUCCUAAAUCAUUUUCAAACAUGAUAUCUACUGACAUGGAAUAAACAGACAAACGGCAGAUUUAAUAAAUGCAGAUAAAAAAUGAUUUUAUAUCAAUUUUGUUUUAGCUAUUUAAUACUGUCGCCUUCUUCAGCUGCAGCCAAAUAAAAGAUAAAAAGCACAAACAGAAAGGUCAUUCAAUUUUUAGCACAUACUAGUGAUUAAAAACCAUGCCCAGUGUAAUGAAAUUAAAGAGAAAAAUAACGAAAAAGAAAGCAAGUGGUACCAUGAAAUCAGCUUAAGAAAUGAUCUGCUUAUAGAUUAAUAGGAAAUACAAUUUAAAAUUCAAAUCAUUGACAAAUGUGAAGAGUUUUAUUGACAUGGAAAGCAUCAAGGGAGUCUGAUUCAUCAUCUGAAGAAGUUUUUUGGAUUAUUUGAGCAGAAGUGAAACUUAAUUUGUGGAUUGCUGACCAACAGUGUUAUACAGUAUAUUAUUUAUAUCUAUCCUUUUUUCAAAUAUAAGAUUCAUGUUCCUUGAUGUAAAAUAUUUACUGACUGCUUUAUUUCCAUUAAAAAUAACAGAAACUCUUCACAUCAAGAAAUUAAGCAUUUUCAUUAAUAUAGAUGGAUAUAAUUAUUGUGAAAUACUUUGGGAUGAUCACUUUUGAAUAAUACCACAGAUGUGAAAUAAAAAAGAUUAAAUGGU